AUGCCAAAUACGGAUCCCAACCUCAAAACGCCCGAGCAGGGAAAAUCAUCGGAUUGUGUUUGCUGCGCCCAUCCGGAAUCGGCCGAUGAUUGCGUUCAAUGCGACCGAUGCGAUGGUUGGUGGCACAUGUCAUGUGCCCAAGUCACACCGUCUGUUGCAGACCGGCCGUGGACAUGUAGGCAUUGUUUGCCGGUGAGUGUGUGCACUCCCACUUCCAGCGCAAAGGCGGCACGGAUGAAAAUGCAGCGACUAAAAGAGCAGCAGGAAUUAGAGCAACGUCAUCUAGCAGAGAAACACCAGCUGGAGGAGGAGUUGGAAGAAACGGCUAGUAAUAGGAGCCGGAUCAGUCACAGGACGAGCCAGGAUAGAGUGAAGCAGUGGCAACAGCAGUGCAUGAAACAGGGUGAGAGCGCGCAUGGUCAGCAGGUGGAUCAACCGACAGGCGGGGCAGCAGCUUCCCCGGCCAUGCAAUUAUGCGAUCGAGAAUCAACGUUGGGACAGGUGGUUAACCCAUCGGAACCAGGUCUGGUUACUCGAGAUCAGCAGCAGUAUACCGGCGCGAUGCCGAAAACACCUAAGAACCCACAAUUGGAAUUCUCCGUGCUCCCCGCAGUCCAGCCCCCCGUUCCCCCCGCAGCACCAACGUGUGGAAAUUCGUUCGACCCUCACCAAUCGGGUCUCAUCGUUCGGGAUCAGCAGCAGUAUACCGGCGCGAUCCCAAAGGCACAUCGGAGUCAACGGGGUGAAUUUCCCGUGCCCCCCGUAGUAUCAACACUGGGCAAUUUGUUCGACCCUCAACAAUCGGGUCUCACCGUUUGUGAUCAGCAGCAGUAUACCGGCGCGAUCACUCAGAGACAGCAGGUAGCAGGUUCGAGAGGUAAAGCCCAGCCCCCCGUUCCCCCCGCAGCGCCAACGUGUGGAAAUUUGUUCGACUUUCACCAAUCGGGUCUCAUCGUUCGGGAUCAGCAGCAGUAUACCGGCGCGAUCCCAAAAGCACAUCGGAGUCAACAGGGUGAAUUUCUCGUGCCCCCCGUAGUAUCAACCCUGGGCAAUUUGUUCGACCCUCAACAACCGGGUCUCACCGUUUGUGAUCAGCAGCAGUAUACCGGUGCGAUCACUCAAAGACAGCAGGUAGCAGGUUCGAGAGGUAAAGUCCAGCCCCCCGUUCCCCCCGUAGCACAUCAAGGUAAGCCACUGAAUUAUCCACCUACUAGUGUACCAUUACCAUCCAACCAUGGAUGCUCCCUCCAACACAUAAUGAAACAGUUCGGAACGUUGGCAGCCUCGGCCACGGUUCCAUCGAACAACAUGAAUACAGUUUUUCCCUCGACGGGAUCGAAUGUUGGCCUUGCGCCACAGGCAAAUCUAAGUAUAUAUUCCGGAUUAGUAUCCGCAACUGCGGGACCGCCAAUCCUAGCCGCGCGUCAAGUGAUGUUCCGCGAUCUACCUUCGUUCUUUGGCAACCCUGUUGAUUGGCCAAUCUUCAUCAGUAGCUUUAUGAAUAGUUCGCUGGCGUGCGGUUACAAUAAUGCCGAGAAUCUUUCGCAUCUUCAACGUUGCCUGAAAGGGCACGCGUACGAAUCUGUCAAAAGCAGGUUGCUGCUUCCGGAAUCAGUGCCUCAAGUGAUCGAUACUCUUCGGUUGUUAUACGGGCGACCCGAGUUAUUAAUCGGUGCAUUGUUACAAAAAGUGCGCAGUGUGCAGGCACCGAAGGCGGAGAAAUUGGAACCUAUAAUCGACUUCGGCAUGACUGUGCGCAGCCUCUGCGACCACCUGGAAGCAGCGGGACAGCAGGAACAUCUCUCGAAUCCUACGUUGCUGAUGGAGCUGGUGGAGAAGCUGCCUGUACACACCAAGAUGCAGUGGGCGGACUACAUACAACAGCACCCGGUAGUAAACCUCAAGGCGUUUGGAGAUUUUAUGCUCAAAGUCGUCACAGCCGUUUGCAGUGUGUCAAACUACACCGGCGAAAGUAACAGUAGUCAGCAGAAGCCGAGACACAAAGGAGCGGUGAACACGCAUAGCAACGAAGCAGAAUCCGUUCGUGAGAAUGCACCGCAUUUAAGGCGUAUACUGUGGACAGCCGAUGGAACUUCGUACGAGAUAAAGGUCUUUGCCGGAGUUGCCGGAGACGCUCAUGGGAAGAGAAGCUGCAGAAACGCGACGCUGUGCGUGAUUGAUGGAUGUACCUACCGUCAUCAUGCACUGCUACAUUCAAAUCGAUCCAAUGCAAACCAGCGACCAACCCAAGAAUUGUCGAUUGUUCAGAACCAUGCACAUCGGCAAGGCAAGCAGACUUUUCUUUUCCGCAUAAUUCCUGUCGUUCUCCGUGGGCCACGAGCGACCAUUGAAACUUUCGCAUUUCUGGAUGAUGGUUCGGACUUGUCGCUCAUCGAGAACAGCCUGGUGGAGCAAUUGGGUAUCGACGGUCGGAAGACACCGUUGUGUAUGAAGUGGACCGGAAACGUCACCAGAGUUGAAUCGGAAUCGAAGCAAGUGAGAGUUUUCAUCAGAGGAGCCAAUAGUAACAAGCAGUUCACGAUCAACGACGUUCGUACUGUAAAUGAGCUUACUUUACCGGAACAGAAUCUAGAUUACGACAAGCUGGCGCGACACUACCGCCAUCUGCAAGGUCUGCCGAUCGCUAGCUACGCGAAAGCGAUUCCCCGUCUGCUGAUCGACGUUAACAAUGCGAACCUCACGGUACCGCUGCAGGCAAGAGAAGGAAAGAGAACCGAGCCUAUUGCCGUGAAAACACGGUUAGGGUGGUGCAUAUUUGGCGGUGGUGAAAGUAGGGAUACGCAUUCGUUGAAUUAUUACGCUUGUGAAUGUGCCGGUACCGGCGACCAGGAGCUGCACAAUGCAGUGAAAGACUAUUUUUCUAUGGAGGAUGCCGGAGUUCAACCGCCAGUCGUGCUGGAAUCUGUAGAAGACACGCGAGCUAGGGAGAUUAUGGAGCAGACGACUAUCCGAGUAGGAGAACAAUUCCAAACUGGCCUACUGUGGAGGUCCGACGAAAUAGAAUUCCCGGACAGCUACAACAUGGCGGUGAAGCGUUUCGAAUGUCUGGAGCGUAGGAUGAUGCGAGAUCCCGAGCUGGCAGCCAAUCUGAAGAAGCAAAUAGCGAAGUAUCAGCUGAAAGGCUAUGCGCACCGUGCAACUCAGAAGGAGCUCGCACUAGCCGAUCCUAAACGAGUGUGCCCGGAUCAGUUAUCUUCGCUUCCCGGAGUUCUGCUGCGUUUUCGUCAGUACAAGGUGGGAGUUUCGGCAGACAUCCGUGAAAUGUUCCACCAGUUGUUAAUCUGUGAACCGGAUCGUCAUUCUCAGCGCUUCUUGUUCCGGAGCGAUCCAUCAAGGCCCGUCGAAACGAACAUUAUGGACGUGGCGACCUUUGGAUCCACGUGUUCGCCAGCAUCAGCCCAGUAUGCGAAGAACAAAAACGCCGAAGAAUUCGUCGCUCGCUAUCCCCGAGCUGUCGAGGGAAUCCAGAGAAACCACUACGUGGACGACUACCUGGAUAGCUUCGAGAGUGUGGAUGAGGCCGAAAGAGUUUCCCGCGCAGUCGGAGCAUGUUACCGUUUGGGUACUUUGCCCUAUUCAGCGAUAAGAUCUCCUGAAAGGUUUUUCGAACCUCAACAGCUAGAGCAAGAUCUAAGCCAAGCGUUAGUGGAAGUUCGAAGCGAAAUUGAAACAUUAAAUGAAACCGCUUCUGGGAAUACAUUAGACAUUAUGGAAGAAGAGGAAGAAGAGAAUGCCAGUAGGGAGUGUGGGGUAGUGUUACCGUUUGGGUACUUUGCCCUAUUCAGCGAUAAGAUUGCCGAAGUUCUACGUGGACUGAACGAGGAAGCUACCAACGCCAGCAAGAAUCUCUGCUUGUGUACAACGGACGGCGAUCGAGUGCUCGGCAUGCUGUGGCAGACGACCGACGAUGAGCUGCGGUUCUCGAUGAAUUUGAAGGAGGAAAUUCAGCGUGUAUUAAAUGAAGACGAGCGGCCAACUAAACGACAGAUAUUGAAGUGCUUGAUGGGGAUAUUUGAUCCACUGGGGCUCAGUGUUGCUGAACUCGUAAAAGACGUGUGGCGAGCCGGACUGCAGUGGAACGAAAGGGUGCCGGAAGAAAUAUUCGAACGUUGGGCUAGGUGGACCGCUCUGUUCCCGAAGAUAAGAGAUCUGCGUAUUCCGCGGUGCUACUUCAAAGAAGCGACCGAACAGACGUACAAACGAUUGCAACUGCACGUAUUCGUCGAUGCGAGCGAAGUUGCCUUUUCUGCUGUAGCGUACUUCAGAGUGAUUGACAUAGAAGGCAAAGCCGAAUGCUCGUUAGUUGCGGCAAGAACAAAGGUCGCUCCACUGAAACCCCUCUCGAUUCCCCGUUUGGAGCUUCAAGCAGCGGUGUUGGGCAGCCGCUUGAUGUCGUUCGUGCAGGAGAACCACAGUGUUGAAGUCAAACAGCGGUUUCUGUGGAGAGAGCUUCUUUCUACAACGGAUGUAGCUGAAUGGCGGUGGGUUCCCAGCAAAUCGAAUCCAGCGGACGCUGCCACGAAGUGUGGAAAGAACUCAUGCCCGAAAGAAUGCGACGAAUGGUUUAAGGGACCUGAGUUUUUGCGGCUGUCCGAAGACAAUUGGCCGGAGCAAGUGAAAACAUCAACGGCUCCUGAAGAAGAACUACGGCCCUGCUUGGUGAUCCAAGGAGCGACUAUUCCGGAACAACUGUCAGCGGAGGCGAAGAAAAAGAAGCCGGAACUACUGCAUCUGAGUCAGGACGAGCUGAGAAAAGCGAAGAGCACGAUAAUACGGAUGGUACAGUGGCAGGAGUUUCCCGCAGAAAUGGCCUCGCUUACGAGAGGACAAACGGAGUUGCCUAAGACAAGCCGUUUGUAUCAAUCAACGCCGACAAUGGAUGAACACGGAGUGCUGCGUGUUGAUGGACGAAUUGGAGCCGCACCACAUGCCGCAUUCGAUGCCAGGUUCCCGGCGAUUCUCCCAAGAAAACACCAUGUAACGAAGCUUGUGCUCCACGACUUUCAUCGAGCCUGCCGGCAUGGGAACUCGGAGACGGUAGUGAAUGAAGUUCGGCAGUACUACAACAUUUCCCGGUUAAGGACGGUGGUGAAGCAAGUUGCGGCUGCAUGCCAGUGGUACUUCUUUGGGCCGUUCUUGGUGAAAGUGGGAAGGAGCGCUGCCAAACGUUGGAUCUGCCUAUCCACGUGUCUCACCACACGUGCCGUCCAUGUUGAGGUUGCCCAUAGCCUGUCUACACCGUCGUGCGUCAAGUGUAUUCGCCGUUUCGUUUGUCGGCGAGGAGCGCCAGCGGAAAUCCAUACCGACAAUGGUACCAACUUCCAAGGUGCCAAACGGUUACUGCAGGAAGAAAUCGAAAACGAAUUGGCAGCGACGUUCACAAAUGAAGAUACAAAGUGGAAUUUCAUCCCGCCAGGAGCACCUCACAUGGGUGGCGCGUGGGAAAGGAUGGUGCGGUCAGUUAAGUCGGCAAUGGAAGCUGCUUACAAGAACGAUCGAAAGCUGGACGAUGAAGGACUGAAAACGUUAGUCGUCGAAGCCGAGGGUAUCGUCAACAGUCGACCACUUACCUACUUACCUUUAGACGCUGCCGAAGGUGAGGCUCUAACACCAAACCACUUCCUAUUAGGAAGCUCUCAGGGAGUGCGUCAGCCGGCUAUUAACAUUAGUGACCCUGCCUAUGCGGUGAAGAGUUCCUGGAACCUUAUACAGCAUCAACUGGACAUAUUUUGGAAGCGUUGGGUUCAGGAAUACCUCCCGAUGCUCACUAAGCGGAUGAAGUGGUUCGGAGAAGUGACUCCCGUAGCUGUUGGAGAUCUGGUCCUCGUAGUUGACGACACUCGCCGAAAUGGCUGGCUACGUGGAAGAGUGAAGGAAGUUGUGACUGCCGAAGACGGACGCGUUCGGCAAGCUGUGGUUCAGACUGCGAGGGGGUUACUGCGUAGACCGGUGUCAAAAUUGGCCGUGUUGGAGGUUGAGCCAGAUGGUAAAACUGGGACCGGUGACCAGUGUUACGGGGGAGAGGAUGUUACCGCCAGUACUGCUUCGCAGUGUGGACACGGCCUUACUAUGCGAACGCAACCACUGUGA